AUGCGUGACAAAUUUCUGUUCAACCUUAAUGAAUCAUUCAGCCAUUUUCGCGAGGAUAUUUUCUAUCGGGAUGGUCAAAGAAAGCCAGAGGACCCUCCAUUCACCCUAGCCUUCGUGGUUAGUCAAGCUCUGUCCUAUGAGGCAGCACAGAAAACAAGUAAAAUGCUCCAACAUUUGACAACUGAAGAGCAAGUCCACUACACUUCAGCAUCCAGGGAUCUACCCAAGUUAUUUGCAAGGCCGGCCAAGCCGAAUAUGAAUUUAAAGCCCUGUUGGUACUGUGGCAACAAGCAAAGUCACCAUCGUGAGUUAUGUCCUGCGUACGGGAAAACCUGCAGCUACUGCCGAAAAACUGGUCACUUUGCCAAAGUGUGCAUGCAGGCAGUCAAAGGUAGGAAGAUCAAACAGCAACAAGUCAGGUUACUCAACCAAGACUCACCUCGCCCUUGUUGGGAAGAAUCAGUUCGGCAUGAGCAGUGUUUUGACAUUUCAAACCAGAAGCAGCCUGAACAGACCUCAACCACGCAGCACCCGAAACCAGUGACUCUAUCAAGACCACAAUCGGGCCAGCCUGACGAUUCCAUAAAAGUCCCUUUUCAAAUUGAUUCAGCUGCAUCAUGUAAUACACUUCCUGCGAAGUACCUUGUUGAGAUCCCAUGGGCACAUCUCGAGCCUUCAAAUGCAGUUUUGCAACCUUAUGCGGGGUCAUCUAUUCAUCCGAUUGGUCAAAUCAAACUCAAGUCUACUAGAUCAUCCUAUGUGGAAACCCUCACCUUCCAGGUCAUAAACACUUCCCAACCAGCACUCUUGAGUGUUGAUGCAAGUAAGAAGUUAGGGGCACUGUCCCUUGACGCCGGUUUCGUUCGCAGAUGUACUUGGAGGGCUGCAAAUGAAACAUUGACAGAGCAAGAUAUCACUGCCUCAGCGAUUGGACCACCACAGCUCUACCGGUAAUAACCAAAAGAGUCUGGCCACCUUAUGGGGCUUUAACCAUGGGCUUCAUUACUCAACAAUGCCCCUCUUUGUUUAAAUUAAUAGGACACCUGGGUCCACCGGUUGACUUUGACCUUGAUCCAAAUGUCAAACCUACCCAUGCUCCUGUCCAUCGUCAGCCGGUUUCCAAGCUUGAUAAAAUCAAGGCAGCGCUAAAUUCUUAUAAGGCUACAGGGCAAUUGGUAAGAGUAUCAGAACCGACUGAGUGGAUAUCUAAUAUGGUUAUCCGAGAAAGAAUGGCAACACCAACCAAGCCAGGCAAGAUCCGUGUUUGUCUAGAUCCAUCGCAGACCCUCAACAAGGCAAUACGUCGGCCAAAAUACAUAAUUCCCACCUUGGAGGAGAACUUGCACAAGUUACAGUACAUAAUGUAAAGUGCAUGACAGUUAUCGAUGUAAAAGAGGCAUUCCAUAACAUCCCAUUGACUUCCCGCUCCUCCCUGAUGACUACUAUGUCUACCCCUUGGGGGCGCUAUACAUGGACGCGACUUCCGUAUGGGAUAUCUUCUGCCUCUGAAGAGUGGCAGCGUCGGAUACACAUGGUCCUUGAAGGCCUCACAGUCAUAAGCAUUGCGGAUGAUAUCCUAGUUCCAGGAUGCGGUGACACAGAUAAAGAGGCCAGGGUAGAUCACGACCAGAAUCUUAUCGCAGUGCUUGAACGCCUUGAGCAAAAUCAUGUCAAGAUCGAUGCCGCCAAGAUGAAAUUUAUGAAGACAAGUGCCACCUUUAUGGGUCAUCUCAUUACUUCAGAUGGCCUUCGACCAGAUCCAACAACGGUUGAAGCUGUGACGAAUUUACCAACACCCCAUGACAAGCAGGGAAUCCGCCGAUUCUUGGGGGCUAUCAACUAUCUGAGCAAAUUCUGUCCCCGGCUGAGCAGCGUCACACAACCACUACGAGCCCUUACCAAGGACAAUGGGCCAUUUGUGUGGUCUAACCACUAA